AUAACUUUCAUAAUGUCCAACCUACCAAAUACCCCCUCAGAACACACACCUGACCACCAUUUCUCCCCAGAGAGACUAAGAGAGAUAGGAAGGAUGCAAGACGGAGAGAAUCAAAGUAGACAAGAAUCGAGCAAAGAAAAUAAUCAUAAUCAUUCCUCCCCUGCUUUCUUUCAAGAGGUCUUAGAUCAAUGUCAGAAUGAUAUGGAUUUCCUACAACUAGAUGUUCAAGAUUCACUAGAAGCAAAUGUCUAUGCUUCUAAAAUUUGAGAAGAAAAUAAAGAAGAAUUAAGAUCAAAUGAGAAAAACCAGGUGAAUACUACAAGAAGCACUUCUGAAAAUAUUGACACCCAGCGGGAAGAAAACUCAAGCUCAACUCAAGUCUCAAAUAAAACAAGGAUGGAAUGAAUGAAUCAAAAAACUCUUCCUUUACCCAAAAGGGCCAAAAAGAGGACCCAAAAGUCCCCAAAAAAGCCUAAAAAGACUAAAAACUCCUUGCUUCUUUCAGGCUCUUUGAGAAGAUUGAGCACCUGUGUUACGAACCUGGCCCUUCCUCUGCUUGCGAAGAGUGAAUGGAUUAGACGUAAAUUCUUGUACACAAACGUUUCAAGAUCCUACAUAAACCAGCGGGGUGACGACCACCUAGGCAGACAAAAAAUCACCAAACUUCUCUCUCUGGACCCUGAUUUCUUGUGGGACUGUCUAGUCACCGCUAGUAUUGAUGAUUCAUCGCUUGUGAAGGAUAAAGCUGGGGAGCUAUUUCUGACUGAUCCUGAUGAGAACCUGAGUAGAGAAGAGAAGGUAGAGAGAAUGACCGAUAUCAUACUUGAGAUGGCCAUCUCAGACACCCGUAAUGUAAUAUCAGGCCGAAUCUCGUCGAUCGAUAAACUAUCAAACCACUUCCUUCUAAAGUUUCUCCUCUUUGGCAUCUACCACACCUCAAGCCUCAUUCCAGAUCAGACAAAUUCUAAUCCAAGCCUUGAUCACCUCGUAAAAACAAUGCAGGAAUGCUUUAAUAAGACAAUAUCCAAUCAGCAAGCACAACAAGCCAAGAAAUAAAAAUACCAAAUACACCAACCAACAAAACCACAGCACCAAUAGUACAAAGAAAAGAGAAAGGAAGCAGAGGGAGAGAGGAGCUGAGAGGGGAGGAGAAGAUAGAGUAGAGGAAGCGGUGAUGUUGAUUCUGAAUCAGAUGGGGUUUGAUGAGUUGAUUCAGAAAGAAUCGAGAGGAUGUGAAGAGAGGAGAGAGGAGAAGAGUUUUGAAUGGAAUUUUGAAAACACUCAGCAUCCUUUUAUCAAGAGAACCUAUAAAUAUCUGUGGGAGGAUGAUUAUUUCAAGAAUGAGCUAAGUGACUCUGAUUAAAACGGAUACAUUUUAUAAU